UACCAGCAUUUCCUCGUGAAACCUGUAUCAUCUGCACGUUAAAUGAAUCAUGGUGUACACAUGAAGGUAUCAGUCAAAUGAUUAACGGUGGAAUGAAUAUUCUCAGACUGAAUUUGAGUAAUCACUCUAAAGAAAUUUGCCGUGAAGCCAUCCAAAUUACCCGUGCUUUGGAUGAAGCUUCAGAUUAUAGACAGUGUACUUCAGUCGCUAUUGAUUUGACUAUUGAAUGCGUACGCACUGGCUUCUUCGAAGGGGGACCAAAAUCAACCGUUACUUUCGUGGAGGGCGAUAAAGUUGAGUUGGUCUUUGAUGAGACUUACAGGAACAAGUGCACAAAGGAGAAGGUUUAUAUAAACACAUCAAACUUCCCUCAAAUGAUCCACUAUCUUCACAGGGGAGACAAAAUUUUCUUUGGUGAUGGACUCAUCUGCUUAAUUGUCAAGGAGAUUGGAAUGGAUCGGUUGAUUUGCGUGGUUGAGGAAGGAGGUCCAAUGUCGGGUUAUCAGCGUGUGAUUCUUCCCCGUGAACGUCUGAAUCAUCACACACUGGAAGCAAACUACUUGAAAGAUUUGGCAUUUGCUGCGGAGUGUGAUGUUGACUUUGUAUUUACCAGUUUUGCAGAUAAUGCGCAGAUGAUUAUCGACGCUAAGGCUUGUUUGCCGCCUCAUACGAAGGUUUUUGCAAACAUUGAAACUAAGGAGUCAGUUAGGAAUCUAGCCGAAAUAAUUGAACACGCCGAUGGUAUAAUUGUUUCUCGUGCGGAUCUUGGGAUCGAAUUUCCUCCGGAGAAGAUCUUCAAACUUCAGAAAUAUAUCAUUGGCAACACAAAUGUUGCAAGAAAACCAGUUUUCGUGAUUGCUCAGUUGAUGGAAUCCAUGUACAAUAAACCCCGUCCGACACGCGCAGAGGCUUCAGACGUCGCCAACGCCGUUCUAGACGGUGCUGAUGGGCUUAUUUUGACCGUCGAGACAGCGGAAGGAAUGUAUCCCCUUGAAUCUGUUCAGGUCAUGAGUCAGAUUUGUCGUGAAGCGGAGAGAGCCCGUUUCCACAGGACAACUCGUGCGGAGUUAUACGCGUGUCGUCAGGCUCGUGGACUCUGUCGCAAGAAUAGCUCCCAUGUCACCGCUUUGUCGGCAGUUGAAGCUGCUGAGAACUCCCAGGCAAAGGGAAUCUUUGUUGUCACUACUACUGGAGAGUAA